ACAUAACUAAUCUAGACGACAUUGUGGGCCUUAAGCCGUGGGCGCGGAUUAAGGCCCGGCUGACAGAGGGGGCGAUGGACUGUCCGUUGCCUACACACAGGGACAUUGUAGUGUAAAUUGCCUACCUUUCAGGCGGACCUUUAGGCCACAGGGGGCGAUUCCCUCCCUCCUAUAAUCCGCUCCUGUGGUAAGGGUGGGGAUGUUCGAUAAAUAAAACACACAUAGUCGACACAAAGUAAAACUGGACCCAACACUGUCACAAACAACGCGUGGAUAUCAUUUUAUUUUUCACGGGCCGUACUGCCAUACUGCCGUACAGUUAAAAAAUAUGACCCAUUUCCUCAAACCAUACUCUUUUCUGCUCUUUUUUUAUUCUGCCAGUUGAUUGGAUUCUGUUAUAACCAGACAGGGCAGUGAACUGUAAAUGAGAUAGUACUGUAUCGAAAAAUUCUCCUACUCUGAACACUAGGAAACGUCCAUUCUAUCAAUUCCAUGUGGUUAUGAACUCUGAUUUUUUACAAUCACAAUUCACAGUUUUUAGAAUGUGAUAAACCUUACCGCAAGACCUACAUGUCCAGUUACUUUGCAAAAUCUCCACGAAAAUCACGGCUUUAAUUUAACGUGCGUGCUCUAAUGUUCAAGUAGGCCUAAAAGGUAUGAAACAGUAUGCUGCAAAAUGUUUGCAAAGAAAAGGCUAGUACUACAAACUAUAUUCUUUGCAACGUUUCAAAGAAUUUUGAAGCAUUAUCGAGCAUUAUGAACUAGUUCUUUGAACUUGUAAACUUUUUUUUUUUUUGCAAUGGGAGCACAGUUUGAAAGGAUGUUGACUGCGUUCAGGCAGCGACGUUCCCAUGCCUGACUUGCCUUUAAAUACAAGUGCUUUUCGCUCCUCCUUUAGGUCCUCUCAUGAGAUCGGGCGCGGAGGCUACCCCCAGAACCGCGGACUGUACCUGGACCUGGAGCGCAACGGGCCGCCGGGGCCGCCGGGCCACCCGGGCCACCCGGGCCACCCAGGCCACCCGGGCAUGGUUAGCGUCGGUGUCGGGCCAGGCAUGGGUGGCAUGGGCGGCAUGGGCGGUGGAGACAUCUCACCGCCCUCCGACAACGUCCUGUUCGAUAACCAGUGCUACGCCACCACGCCCUCCUCCUCUAACGGGAACUCGGAUAUGGAGAACCCUCCGGGCCAACA